GUCCCGGCGGGGCCGGGCGCAGGGUGCGGAGCCCCCAUGGCAUCUCGCGGCCCCCCCGGCGCCACGGAGCCCCGCGGGACGCCCCCGUUCCGGGCGGACCCGGCGGCGCUGGCCGCGAUCCUCGGCGCACCGGGACCGGGAGCGCGGCCCAAGGCUGGGCCCGGCGGCGCCGUCAGGGCCUCGCUGGCCGGGCGCGUCCCGCUGCGGCUCGGCUCCCUCCGCACCCAGAUGAGCGCCCCCGGUGCCGCCGCCCGCUGCCGCCGCCGCCGCUCAGCGCCCCGCUCCCCGCAGGCCUCGCGGCCGCUCCAGCGCCACCUCGACCGCGCCUCCGGUUUCUCCGUUCGGGCUCCCGGGGGCCCCCCGCGCCCCCGUGCCCUCCCUGCCGCCGCCCCGGUUCUCGAGCCCCGCGGCGAAGCCCUGAAGGAGGCGGCCGGGGCCUGGUCCCGCAGCCUCCAAAAACACACGGACCAGGAUCCCCCCGCAGCGGUGAAAGCGGAUGAGCGCUGGGGGGGCAUUUGGUGA